GACCGCUUUAAUUACCUGUGUGAAAAGUGCUACUACUGGAGACGUGGGAGAAUACAUGGAAGGAAAUUCUCAACUGACGCUGUGCUUCUUGCUACUGAGUUACUGCCUCUUUAACGUGCGCGAGGCUGGCGGGCGUGUACUUUGUUGCUCUGUACUCGAGAGAGAGAGCCUCAUCAUGUAAAGACGUUUGUCCCUUCUCGCUAUCCGUAUGGAACUAGACCUGUGCUGGGCUCUCUAAGAUGGAAAACGAUACGACUGUCCGAAGAAUCAGGGGAGCUGCAGUGGACCCUGGAGUCGAUAGCGACUCCCGUUCGCAUGAGGACGAAGACCACAGACCAAGACGAAAUGGACCGUGGAGCAUACAACGCAAGAACGAACGUGUUUUGGAAGAGAGCAGCGUGCUGGCGUGCCUGCUUGUCUUCCUAUUCAUUCUGUGGUGUCUCAUCCACUUCUCCGUCAGACAGUUGAUCGUCGGGAGCUCCACUGGGGAAUUCAAUGCGGGCAGGGCCAGGAAACAUCUUGUGACCAUUACAGCAUUCGGACCCAGGCCUGUUGGGAGUCCACAAAAUGAAAUCUUAACAGUGAACUAUCUCCUCAGCCAAAUCGAGAUGAUCAAAGAUAAAAGUAAUCAAAACGUGCACACGAUUACAGUGGAUGUGCAAAAGCCAACGGGAUCCUUCAGUAUUGACUUUCUCGGUGGAUUUACUAGUUAUUAUGAUAAAGUCACAAAUGUUGCUGUCAAGCUGGAGCCACAAGGAGGAGCCAAACAUGCAUUGCUGGCAAACUGUCAUUUUGAUUCUGUGGCAAACAGCCCAGGUGCUUGCGAUGAUGCCGUCAGUUGCUCAGUUAUGCUUGAAGUUCUUCGUUCUCUGUCUAGCCUGUCUACCCCACUAAAGCACGGCAUUAUAUUUCUUUUCAAUGGAGCAGAAGAAAAUAUACUGCAGGCCAGUCAUGGAUUCAUUACACAACAUCCUUGGGCAAAGCUUGUUCGGGCCUUCAUCAAUCUGGAGGCUGCUGGUGUUGGAGGGAAGGAGAUUGUUUUUCAAACAGGUCCUGAAAACCCAUGGCUUGUACAAGCAUAUGUUCGUGCAGCAAAACAUCCAUUUGCUUCCGUAAUUGGCCAAGAAAUCUUCCAGAGUGGAAUUAUCCCAUCAGAUACAGAUUUCCGGAUAUAUAGAGACUUUGGACACAUUCCUGGAAUAGAUCUGGCUUUCAUUGAAAAUGGCUACAUUUACCAUACUAAGUAUGAUACACCUGACAGAAUUUUGACAGAAUCCAUACAAAGAGCAGGUGAAAAUAUUUUGGCUGUGCUUAAACUCCUUGCCACAACAAAUGAGCUGUCAGACUCUGCACAGUACCAACAUGGCAAUGUGGUUUUCUUUGAUCUACUGGGCUUUUUCAUGGUAGCAUAUCCUGCACGUGUUGGCACCAUCAUCAAUUACAUUGUUGCUGUGGUGACUUUAAUCUAUCUGGGAAAGAAAAUGUUACUUCCAAAUGGUGGAAAGUACAUGCACGAUCUUCUGUAUGGAAUUGGUGUCACUGUAGCAGGCUGGUUUAUCACACUGAUCUCUGUGCUUAUUGUGGCAGUCUUUAUUUCUCUUAUUGGAAGGGCCAUGUUCUGGUAUCAUCACUUCUACACCUCAGUUUUACUUUAUGGAUCAGUCUCUGUUGGCAAGCUUGUACUUGUUCACACAUUAGCAAAAAAUCUGUUCUAUGGGAAAGUGAACCCAUUCUUCCUGGGUGAGUUGCAUUUUGAUGUCUCAUUGACACUGUGGUGUUGUGCCCUGCUUCUCCUAACUCAACAAGGAUUAUGCUCUGCCUAUGUUCCAAUGCUGAUGGUUGCAUUUCCACUGCUUACAAAACUGUUUCUGCACAAAGAGUUCAAGCAACAGGGAGCCACAGUUAAAUACACAGUGCUGUACCUCUUGGGCUUGUCUCUUCCUUAUGUACACUUUAUGUUUCUCAUAUGGGCAUUGUUUGAGAUCUUCUGUCCAAUCUUGGGACGUAGUGGUACAGAAAUACCUCCGGAUGUUGUGCUGGCUUCUCUUAUUGCAGGAUGCACCAUCAUUCUGUCAUCCUAUUUUAUCCACUUUAUUUAUUUAUGUAAGAGCACAAAGAAAACAUUACUUGGAUUGGUGUCAAUUUUUGUUUUAAUGGGAGUUUUAGUUUCUUGUGGUUUAUUUUUUCCAUACACUUCUGAUCCUGGCAGCCCACGUCCCAAGCGUAUUUUUCUUCAGCACACCACCAGGACAUUCCAUGACCUUGAUGGAAAUGUUACUAAGAAAGACUCCGGAGUAUGGAUCAAUGGAUUUGAUUACACUGGAAUUAAUUAUUUGACUCCACACAUCAAUGAGAUCAAUGAGAAUAUUCGCACAAAAUGUGACAACGAACUUCCUUACUGUGGUUUUCCGUGGUUCCUUCCAGUUAAGUUUCUCAUUAAGAAAAACUGGUACCUGCCAGGCCCAGAGGUGCAGCCAAAGAAUCCUCCUCAAUUUACUCUGGUGAGCAGACAUGAGACCGAAUGGGGAACUACCAACUUAACAUUUCAAGCUACAGGACCCAGUCAUAUGUCCUUGUAUCUCCUAACUCGGAAUGGAGCAAAGCUUAUCGGCUGGUCAUUUGGUGAUGGCAGUCCGGAGAUUAACCUCAAUGGGGAAUAUUUCAUUUUCUAUUCCCAUGGUUUAGAUUAUUCUGCCUGGAAUUUCUGGUUGGAGAUUCAGGCCCCUCAUACUGACUCUGUGGAAAGCAUAAUCUCCGUUGGUGUGGCAUCACACUACUUUCAUGGAGGAGAACAGAACACUGAGAUGCUGGAAGGUUUGUUGCUCCGCUUUCCAGAUUGGUCAUUCCCUUCCCACUGGGUCAGCACAUAUCACCUCUUCGAGUAUUAAGACCAUCUCUCAGGAAAGGAAGAACACUGCAAAUGCUGCUUGAAUGAAAGAGGCAAUAAAUACUUUACUGAAUUAAUUUAUUUAACGCAGACUACUUGAUCAAGUAAAAGACUCUGGGCAUCCCUUUCCACUAACAACAGUUUUAAGUAUUGUAGUCUUCUGCCAUUUUGCUUCAACAUUGUUUCCUACAUUUUUACAGAUGGACAAGACUAUAAUUAUCCAUAUUGGUUUUCAAUAUCUCCAAGUCCAAGAACUCUUUCUGUUCACUGAGAGGUUAACUUGGAAUACAAAGUGAACACUUCAAGUGAGGAGGUUGAUGCACAUACACAAUUUUUGGCUACUUCUGACCUUGAGAUCCUAUCCGGACUGCAUUAUCACAAAUGCUUGUCAAUGAAGUAUAAAAUCAAAAUGAUAGGAUAUUUGAAAUCUGCACCAUUAACUUAAGUCAACUGAGGAUAUUAUGCUGGCUAGUGUCAGAGUGACUGGUACAUUAUGAUUUUUUAAGGAUGCCUCGGUCUGUUAUUCUUUGUUUUUUUUUCCAUUGCUGGAAAAUUUUGGGAAUGUGGUUUUUGCUUUGAAUUUCUGAUUUUUUUUAUAAAGAUUAUUAUAUUUUCCUUUUAUAAAUGUGAACAAGAUCAAUCAGCCUUGCUCACCUUAUUUAUAUUUUAAAAUGAGCUUGUCCAGUUGAGUGUGUCAGUAACUCUCCUAGCUUUAACUUCCUGUCCUGUUGCACAAAGUGGGGUAUCUGUCCUCAUGGCUUAUUUAUAAUCAUUCACUCCAGCAAAAACAUGGAGGACAUGAAGGACUCACAUUAAUAUGGAAUCUCCUGUGCCUCUGCAAAGGAUGUAAAAUCAUAGCAAGUGGAGUGAUGAGAGACAUCAGGUGCAGAGAUUCCAUAUAUGAAAUGUGAUCCAUUUAAAGAGACAAAAAAUGGUUCCUCUACAGGUUUAAUUCUUGUUGUUAAAGAAACAUUAUACAGUAUUUGAUUAUAUUAAAUGGGUUGUUUGUAUUAAAUUUCCUCUCAAGAAAUUCCUACCAGUGGGCAUUUUAGGUUUCGGAGAAAAUAAAGUUUUAUGGACC